AUGCGUAUGGGCGAUUCGAAUCGGUUAGAGGCGUUCCUCUCCCACCUCACGCGGAUGCGGAGGAGUAACGUUCCGGACUGCACCCAUGAUCCCAUGACCACCACCAUCUACCUUCUGCACCGCGACGUGCCUCCAAGAUGGCCAUCAAGCACCUGUGUCGUGAAACUGUUUGCCAUCGGGGAAGAAUCCGACGGGGCCUUUCGUACACUCAUGCUCCCUGACGAGACGGGGUCUGUCAUAGGUCGCCAGCCACUCCCCACUCCCGCAUCCCCUCGCCGAGCUCGCGACGGGUGUCAACACCUGGCCACGCGCGUGCUCGGCAACACCUUCAUCCUUGGACGCACACGCCAUUCUCCGAUGAACGUCUGCCUUCCCCCGAACGUGGUCGCGUUCUUCGGCCUCUCCAUGCGCCUCCAACGCGUCGGCCACCUCACCUACUGGCUCUCCGGGUUUCACGCACGCAUCCUCAGCGGCUCCACGGCACGUUCCCGAUCUCGGAUCGCAAGCCGCGGCGCAUGCUCACGGACCCGGUGGCUCGUCAACCUCGACAUCGUGCUCGAGACCACGCUCGCCGCCCUCCGCUUCUCCGCGCUCCCAGCCGGUUUGCUGUGCACGCUCCUCGUCCUGUGCCGCGUGGACGCCAUCUCUCUCGGCUCGCUCGCCGAGGCCGACCUGGUCCGGCGCGUGUUCGAGGACCGGCCGUGGGGGCCGGUGCUAGGGACCCAGGGACGGCAUUCGUGCUCACCGAGCUCGAGGUUUGAGACGAACGAGCAAGGCUUUCUGCUCCGCCGGUCCAUGGCGACUCGUUCUUCCGGAUGCGGGUCGCAGAUCUAG